AUGGAGAUAUUCAGCGAUAUCAAAAAAGCCUUGACCAAGAAGCGCAAUAAGCCACGCCUAAUUCUUGCACUCUACGCGCGGCCCAAGCACCCCAACGCCCCCCACUAUGCGCUGCUGGUAACUCCGAAUAUCAAACCCGAGCGCAAACUUGCAGUGGAGCCAGAACCCAUCCCAGCAACCAAAUACCACAUCAAAAACACCAUCCAGAAGAUCAAAAAUGUGGUGUGCCAACCAUGGCGUUUCGAACGUGUUGAUGUUCCAGACCUGGACCGGGACCAUAACAUCCUUGUGUGCGCGGUCAUCGCCAAGGUUUUAUCGACAACAAAGCUGAAUCAGAUCAUGGCAGAGAUCUACAUCUACCAGAAGGACGACCCGAUUCAAUUCAAAGCACGCGACUUUGACUGUAAGAUGUGGUGUCAUGAUGCUUACGACGAAUUACAGAAAUCGGGGGUCAUCGUUGGAUUGGAUUGGCGCACGGCUGAAGGCGGUACGAGGGCUGUGUUGAACCAGAAACAUGGUCAGGGACAAUGGGAUUCAGCGAUUACGGGCAAAGGUCGUAACACUCCUUGGGUUCCUAUUGUGGAUCUAUUGGGUGGGACGCUUAUUCGAGGACGUUAA